AUGAAAGGCAUCCUCAUCGCUGGCAUCUUUGUGGCAUUUGCCAUCGCAGUUAUAGACUCUCUGAGUUGUCGACAGUGUUACUCACCCAAUGAGAGCUGCAGCAACAUUGUCACUGAGUGUGCGGAAGGGAGCGUCAGUUGUGUGGAAUCCUUGGUCAAUUCCACUCUAGGAGGGUCCCCCUAUUUGUACCAGAACAGAUCCUGCUCGGCAAAUGAUUGCCCCAAGAACAGCGCCCAAGUGGCCUUCACAGUGCACGUGUUUGAUGACCAAAGCUUCCAUUUUGCAAGCCAGUGCUGCCAAGGAGAGGCAUGCAACGACACCAACCACGAGACAGGAACACAGGCUAUCACCAACACCCAGUGCUCUGCUUGCUAUCGCUCCAACACAACAACAACCUGCGAGGAGAAAACCCGGCAGUGUUUCCAAGGAGAACGAUGUGUUCACAUCAUUGCUGACUUUGUAAACGGGCUGGGGAGGGUGGAGCUGAAAGGCUGUUCCGAUAUCAGCGAGUCUACUUGUGAAACCCUGGCUCCUGAGAACACAACAGUGGGAGAAUUCAUUUUCCGGAGCGUCAUAUGCGAAAAUGCAACAACCAUAAACACGCUCACCACCAAGACCCCUCCGACCAGCACAGGCAUCAAAGCUUCCUUCACCUCCUCUGUCUUCGGCAGCCUCCUGCUUCUGAAGCUGCUGUUCUGA